CAAACGCUGCAAUCGCCAUGUAUCAUCAAAGUCCUGCGGCGUCACGACUGUCAAGUAGUCUACUGACGCUGCCUAAAGAGUUACCGGCUUUCUGUGCGUCCAACCACGGCAUGCUCGUGAUGAACCCGGGGUUGCUGAAUUCACGGGCCGGUUCUCCUGAUUAUUCGGAGACAAACAUCGAUAAUCGUAACAAUAAACGGAAAAACAUGCGAUCCAAACAAGGCAGGAACGCUUCGCAGGUUCCGGAACCGUCUGUCCAAUGGGCAGUGGUGCCAGUAGACUCUACAGCUCCCUGGCCCAGACCCUAGUCAGCACCAGCACCACUACCACCCCCCUGGCCCAGACCCUAGUCAGCACCAGCACCACUACCACCCCCCUGGCCCAGACCCUAGUCAGCACCAGCACCACUACCAACCCCCUGGCCCAGACCCUAGUCAGCACCAGCACCACCCCGCUGGCCCAUCACCAGGACCCCCAGCACCCCUCCCCCUCACAGGGGUGUCACUCUCCCCCGGGGGGGCACCCCCUGGAGCUGCUGAGGGAGUGUGAGGAGGCUCUACGGGACAGGCCUCCUCGCCUCCUCAGAGCCUUCAUCUGCCCCGGGGAGGGAGAGGUGGACAGGGAGGAAGUGGACAACGAUGCCACCCAGAGGACCAUCAGAGUUAUGCAGUGGAACAUACUGGCUCAAGCUCUAGGUGAAGGUAUGGACAGUUUCGUCAACUGUCCCCUGGAAGCCCUGAACUGGGCGGAGCGUAAAUACCUCAUCCUAGAAGAGAUCCUCACCUACCGACCUCACAUCCUGUGUCUACAGGAAGUCGACCACUACUACGACACCUUCCAGCCAAUUCUGGCCAGCCUGGGUUACCGCGGCAACUUCUGCCCCAAGCCCUGGUCUCCGUGUUUGGAUGUGGAGGGCAACAACGGUCCGGAUGGAUGUGCUCUGUUCUACGAUGAAGCCCGGUUGGACUUGGUGGAUAGUGUGAAUGUCCGGCUGUGUGCCCUUUUAACACCCACCAACCAGGUGGCGGUCGUCACGACGCUGCGUUGCAGGGUGACAGGCCGGCGGCUGUGUGUUGCCGUGACGCACCUCAAAGCCCGGAGCGGCUGGGAAUGUCUCCGUAGUGCCCAGGGUUCCGACCUUCUCCGGAACCUCGCCACCCUCACCCAAUCACCGGGGGGUCCCAUCGGCGUCGCCCCAGACACCCCUCUCCUUGUCUGCGGCGACUUCAACGCUGUGCCUUCCGAGGACGUCUACCAGCGUUUUGCCUCGUCACCGUUGAUCCUUGACUCCGCGUAUAAACGGUUAAGCCGGGACGGGCUUUCGGAACCGGCCUACACCACGUGGAAGAUCCGGCCGACGGGAGAGUGUUGCACCACAUUGGAUUAUAUCUGGUACUCUAGAGAAGCUUUCAGUGUGGACGCCGUGUUGGAUAUGCCUACAGAGGAACAGAUUGGCCCCAACAGGCUUCCGUCGUACAGCUACCCCUCCGAUCACCUCUCGCUGGUGUGUGACUUCAGCUUUAAAAAGCAGCAGGAGGAGUGAAGAGGAUCACGUGGACACUUGAUUGACAAUCCGAGGGACGGAGGGAACAGAACGAGGGACGGAGGGAACAGAGCGAGGGACGGAGGGGACAGAGCGGACAGAGCGAGGGA